GUCAGCUACGAGAUGCCACCGCAACUAGUUAGGGCUGCGAACGAUGGUUUUGAGCCAGAAUCGCCAAGUGUCAGGAAGACAGAGCAAUCUGAAACGAUCAAAUUCGACGAUGCUUUAGAGCUCAUUGGUUUCGGGCGAGCCCAGUUGGAGUUGAUUGUGAUUUGUGGUGUAACCAUUAUGGCCACCAUAUGCGAAACUAUGGGAAUCAGUGUGAUACUGCCGGCGGCCAAGUGUGACCUACCGAUGAGUACCGGCAACCAAGGCCUCUUAAGUGGAGCGACAUUUCUUGGAAUAAUGGUUUCUUCCUAUGUGUGGGGUUAUCUAUCGGAUACCCGCGGUCGACGAAAGAUGAUGCGAUACGGGCUGUAUGCGACUGCAGUUUGCGCGGUAGUUUCUAGUUUUGCGAAUGAUUUCUCCACUCUUUUGAUACUCAGAUUGAUGGCAGGUGUGUGUAUAUCAGCACCAUCAGCAACGGUAUUUCCAUACUUGGGAGAAUUUUGUAUGCCAUCUAAACGAGCACAGACGAUUGCAUUUGCCUCAAUUGCAGCUAUGCUAACAAUGGCUUACAUCGCACUGAUCGGCUGGUGGAUUCUUUCUUAUGAUUGGAUCAUAGAGCUAGGGAAAAGCUACUUCUUCAAACCUUGGCGCCUGCUGUUCAUUGUGUACACAAUUCCUGGAUUGGUAGCUGCUAUGGCAUUUACAUUGGUACCAGAAAGCCCCAAAUUUUACCUAGCUAUAGGAAAAGUGGAUCGGGCCUUAGACGUUCUGCGGUAUUGCUAUCGCAAGAAUAAGGGCUCCCUAUUAGGUUUCACGGACUUAAGGUUGGAACCAGAAUUAGCAGUUUCUCAACAAAAGCUGGGAUUGUUGGCAUCAUUACGAAAGCAAACCGUUCCGCUACUGAAAUGGCCUUUGGUGUUAUACUUCGCAGUUUGCUGUUUACAGCAGAUCAGUGCCUUUGCAGUAUAUGGCGGCUUGGGCCUUUGGUACCCGGAACUUAUGAACCAAGCAACCAAGCAAUCCAUGGAAAAUCAAUCCAUCUGUACAGUGGUGAAGAACACCCAAAUGUUUAAGCGUGCCCAAAAUGUUACUAGUGCAAAUUGCGUCGCUCAAGUUCAUGAUCAAACAUUCAUUUCCAUCCUGAUUUUGGCUGCAUUUGGAACGAUAUUUAGCAUCACCAUCGCCAUCCUGUUGGGCAGGAUAGAUCAAAAGAAAAUGGUGAUGGCAAACUUUGUGUUGGCAGCCAGCGCCGGAGUCGUGCUGCUAUUUACGACCAAUCGAUACAUGAUGAUUGUGCUGUUCUGUACUGAGGUCACCUUGGCUGGAUUCACGAUGGUACUGGUAAAUGGAACUGCCGUUUCUAUAUUUCCCACGCACAUAAGAGCUAUGGCCGUAUCGCUGAGCAUGAUGAUGGCGAGAUUGAGUAGUUUCACGUUCAGCAGCUUGAUCGGAUUCAUCAUGGAGGACAACUGUGAAGCGACAUUCUACAUGUUUUCUGGAAUUUUGAUCGCAGGAGCCUCACUGACGGUAUUGUUGCCGAGGUAGUAUUACUUCUUAUAAUUAGUGUAGUUUUUUUUUUAAUUAAAUUUCCCAAACAAUUAACAACUAUUUCAUGAGCACGAAU